CACAGCCCUGGCCCCGCCCCCGGCCGGCGCGCGCUCCCGGCCAGGGGAGGCGUGUGCUGCUUCUGCAGCCAGCGAGAGAGGGAGAGGGAUGGAUAUUGGAGGAGGAAUUCGGGCUUAACAAGUGAUCGCUGCUGUCUAGGAUUUUGUUUCUUUUUCUGGGGGAACCUUGAAUUCCUUUUCCGAUUGAACCCUCCUGUGCUGAACUCCACAGGAACCAGAAGUCUUGGGGUCUUCCCCGGGGUAGCCCUGAUCCCCACCCCUGGCUCCAGCAGCGAGGACUCUGUGCCCCCCCGCCAGGCAACAGAACUUGUUUCGUGGAUAUUUUGGAGCUUCCACCUGCCACACCGGAGUGAUUCCUUCUACCACCCCCCAAGAACAUUCUUCCCCUCCUCCAGCUGUUGCAGCUUGAGGGGGAAAGACAAACCGAGUGGGGGAUUUUCUUUAUAUUUAUUUUUCACUCCGCCCGGGAACGGUGAAGUGCUUCCUCUGCAUGAUUUUAGCUGAAGGAUGCUCUGCAUUUCCUUGAUUUCUAUGGAGACCUCAGAGCUGGGUUUGCCCCUGCUGACACCUCAUCUUGUAACUUCUCUACCUCCCAAGGUCUUUGCCCCUGUCGAUAGCUUGGCAUUGGCCCUGGGUCCAGGAAGCCUGUGAUGAACUUGAGGGGAGCACCUGGAGAAUCACCCUGAUAGGCUUUGAGCAGCCAUGGCUAGACGUACUUCGAGCCCCGCGCUAACAUGGGUCAAGCCGUCACUAGAAGGCAAGUGCUAAGACUAAAGGCUUAUUUGCAUUUUAUUUAAAUCUGAUGGACUGAGCUUUGGACAAUUUCCAUGGCAGAAAAAUAUAUUCCAUUUUCUAGGCACAACUGCUGGCUGUCAGAUACUUGCCGCCUUUGAAUCUUGCGGCAUCACCACCAACCACAUCCUAGACGUAUUUCCAAAUUCGAACAGCCACCCAAAAACAGGUGUUUGGGAGACCCCAGCAUUUUUUGACUUGGGCUUGAGAGUGCUAGGUUGUUUAUCUAGACCAGCCAAGCUCUGGAGAGCAAUGUUGAAUCCCUGGGAACAGAGAGCAUGGGGCGUACUGAUUUAAAAACAGAAAAUGCAAAGUUGGACUGAAAAUAUCCUUAGUCUUCCAAGCAAUCUGCUUAAGGGUUCCAAACUUACCUUAAUUUGGUGAGAAAAGAAGCUGCCCUAUUUUUCUUUCUUCUUCUUCUACAACUGGAACCAGCCAUUUCCAAAAACCACCACCAUGGAGGUUGCAAUGGUGAGUGCGGAGAGCUCAGGGUGCAACAGUCACAUGCCUUAUGGUUACGCUGCCCAGGCCCGGGCCCGGGAGCGGGAGAGGCUCGCUCACUCGAGGGCCGCCGCGGCUGCCGCCGUGGCAGCCGCCACAGCUGCUGUGGAAGGCAGCGGGGGUUCCGGAGGUGGCUCUCACCACCACCACCAGUCGCGUGGGGCCUGCACCUCCCAUGACCCUCAGGGUGGCCGGGGGAGUCGGAGGAGGAGGCGCCAGCGGCCUGAGAAGAAGAAAGCUCACCACCGUCAGAGCAGCUUUCCUCAUUGCUCUGACCUGAUGCCCAGUGGCUCUGAGGAGAAGAUCCUGAGGGAGCUGAGCGAGGAAGAGGAAGAGGAGGAAGACGAGGAGGAGGAGGAAGAGGAGGGAAGGUUUUACUAUAGUGAAGAUGACCAUGGUGAUGAAUGUUCCUACACGGACCUGCUGCCUCAGGAUGACGGGGGCGGUGGUGGCUAUAGUUCAGUCCGCUACAGCGACUGCUGUGAACGUGUGGUGAUAAAUGUAUCAGGCCUGCGCUUUGAAACCCAGAUGAAGACUCUGGCCCAGUUUCCAGAGACUUUGUUGGGAGACCCUGAGAAGAGGACUCAGUACUUUGACCCUUUGCGUAAUGAGUAUUUUUUUGACAGGAACAGGCCUAGCUUUGAUGCCAUCUUGUAUUACUAUCAAUCAGGAGGCCGCCUCAAGAGGCCAGUCAAUGUCCCCUUUGAUAUCUUCACGGAGGAGGUGAAGUUCUACCAGUUGGGAGAAGAGGCCCUGCUCAAGUUUCGGGAGGAUGAGGGCUUUGUGAGAGAGGAGGAGGACAGGGCCUUGCCAGAGAAUGAAUUCAAAAAGCAGAUUUGGCUUCUCUUUGAGUAUCCGGAGAGCUCCAGCCCAGCAAGGGGCAUAGCCAUCGUCUCCGUCCUGGUCAUCUUAAUCUCCAUUGUCAUUUUCUGCCUGGAAACUUUACCUGAGUUUAGGGACGACAGGGAUCUCAUCAUGGCACUGAGUGCAGGAGGACACAGUGGGUUGCUGAAUGACACUUCAGCACCCCACCUAGAGAACUCAGGGCACACCAUAUUCAACGACCCCUUCUUCAUCGUGGAGACAGUCUGUAUUGUUUGGUUUUCCUUCGAGUUUGUGGUUCGCUGCUUUGCUUGUCCCAGCCAAGCGCUCUUCUUCAAAAACAUCAUGAACAUCAUUGACAUUGUCUCCAUUUUGCCUUACUUCAUCACGCUGGGCACCGAUCUGGCCCAGCAGCAGGGGGGUGGCAACGGGCAGCAGCAGCAGGCCAUGUCCUUUGCCAUUCUCAGGAUCAUUCGUCUGGUCCGAGUAUUCCGAAUCUUCAAACUCUCCAGGCACUCCAAGGGCCUGCAGAUCCUGGGUCACACCCUCAGAGCCAGCAUGCGGGAGCUGGGCCUUCUGAUCUUCUUCCUCUUCAUUGGGGUCAUCCUGUUUUCCAGCGCUGUGUAUUUCGCGGAGGCGGAUGAACCUACUACCCAUUUCCAAAGCAUCCCGGAUGCAUUUUGGUGGGCUGUGGUGACCAUGACAACUGUGGGCUAUGGGGACAUGAAGCCCAUCACUGUGGGGGGCAAGAUCGUGGGGUCCCUGUGUGCCAUUGCAGGUGUGUUAACCAUUGCUUUGCCAGUGCCAGUGAUUGUCUCUAACUUUAACUAUUUCUACCACAGAGAGACUGAAAAUGAGGAACAGACACAGCUGACACAGAAUGCAGUCAGUUGCCCAUACCUCCCUUCUAAUUUGCUGAAGAAAUUUCGGAGCUCUACUUCUUCUUCCCUGGGGGACAAGUCAGAGUAUCUAGAGAUGGAAGAAGGAGUUAAGGAAUCUCUCUGUGCAAAGGAGGGGAAGUGUCAGGGAAAGGGGGACGACAGUGAGACAGAUAAAAACAACUGUUCUAAUGCAAAGGCUGUGGAGACCGAUGUGUGAAUCUUGUUCUCCACCCGCCACUACCCCCCCUCCCCAAUCCCAGUAUCUCCAAAUAUAUUUAUGCAUAGAGAGUGCAGUUACGAAAAUGAAAUAUGCAAACGAACCUAAUGCAUAUAGUAGUACACCAUUUAAUGGUUAUACGUGACAUAAUUGUUACCUUGUAUUACAUAUCAAAUAAAUGAUACAUCUUGGAGAAGAGGGAGGCUAAAAUAGGAGCAAAUCUAUCUUUAUAUUUUUUAUUAGAAUGCAAGAAUUUUGCACAUUAACUGGAAAAGAUGUUAAAAGUAAAGAUGGUUCCACGGAGAGAAUGUAUAUGUGUGUAUUUGUGUGUGUGUGUGUGUGUGUGUGUGUGUGUGUGUAAGUAAAUUGUCAGCGUUGUUAGUAAUUGUGCAAUGAUGGGAAAAGUUGGCAUUUUGAAGUAUUUACUAUGUAAGAACUAAUGAAUUCAAACCGUCAUUUAUUAGUGCUUUGAUAGCAUCUCAUGUCUUCGGAUUCCAUGGUUGUUUUUUUAAAAAAUUGUAAGAAUUACUGUGUAGAAAAAAAAAAAAGAAAGUGAAUUAUUUAAUAGAAUAUAGGUCACAGUUUUAUCUUGGAUUUAAUUAAAGUUUAUUUUUAACUAGAAAUUAACUUUUAAAAAGGCUGCGGGGUCCUUUAGAAAUUGAUUAUAUUUUAUUAUUAAUUUUGGGAAGAUAUGAAAGCAAAUGUCUAACAAUAUGGAAGAAGUGAAAUUGGAGAAAAUGUAACAAGUUUUGUUCACAGAUAACAGGACUGGAAUUUGUUUUUUUCCUUUGCACUACUUCAUAUGCUGGAGAUUGAGAGAGACUUCCUACUGUGAAUGUUUACUAAUGUAACAGUUCAAUGACAAUCAUUGGAAGAAUGAUUUCUUAGUCUUAUUUUAUAGUUGUUUUCUUUGUGUGAGACUAAUGGCCACGCAGAUGACAGCACAUGAUUCCCUGUUUUUAAAAUCUAAAUAACUGAUUUGCAAAGGGAAUAUGAAGUAAAAUUUAGCAACUGAAUCUGUUGAAAUUGGACUGUUACAAUGAUGCUUCUGAAACCAUACUAUUUUAAUUAUUCUUCUGCCUUUUAAAUCCAGAAUAAUUUAACCAAAGUUAAUGCAUGCACUGAAAGAAUUCUUGAAGAAAUAAGAUGCCAGCAGCUACAGUGAUUAUGGCUUAAGAGCUUUCUAUUAAAUGUGCAACAUAAAUGCUAGAUUUAUUAAGUUUAUUUCUUUGUGCAGCUACCUAAAGGCACAGUGUGGGGAGUCACCUCAGAAUUUAGCACUCUGUUUGCUAAAACUGGUAUAAGGAAUAAUUGUGUCAGAACAUUUGGUUUCAAUAUCACCAUCAUUUUCAUUUUUGUUAACGGAUCUUAUAACACACAUAACUGUGUUUUAAUUCAUAACAAGGUGUUCUAGAAUGUGAGGUAACAGCUAGCAAUCAGACCUGCACUGUUAAGUCAUAAUGAGAUAUAAAUGAGCAAAUUUAACAUAAGAGGCCUUAUUCUCCACUGUUUCUUCAACAUUUAUUUUUUAUAAAAUGGUUAUCCUGAAGUUUGGGGAAAGUAUACAAUGUAGCACAUAAUGAACUCUGACAACUGUGACUAUUAAAAAAAAAAAAAAAAAGAUAUAGAAUAGCUUUUCUCAAGCUUUUAAGUCCCUGGUCAUCAUUUGAUAAUAACAUAAAUCUUCUUCAGUGAUAUUUGAAAUUCCAACUAAAUCUAAUGUUAGAUUUACUAAUGUUAGGUUUAAAAGCAAAGUUACACCCUUUUCCCCACCCCUUCCCCACCAUUUAUAGGAAAACACCUCUCAAGAAUACCAUUUGGACAAUGGAAAGCAGCAAGCCGGGGAGUUGAUUGAAUGCUCUGACCAAAGAUCUCUAAUGGACAAUAGAGCGUGACAAAACAAGGAGAUGCAGUCUUGUAAUAAGACUUCAAAGAUGGAAUUUUCAUAUAUUUUGGAUAUGGAGCAAAAAUGUGAUAAGCAUUAGACUAGGAGGUAGGCUCUCUGGGUUGGGUCACUAUUCAUUUGAAAAAGUCACCAUAAAUCUCUGCACCCCAAUUUUCUCAUUAGUGAAGAAGAGGGCACAUAAUGCUUUUGUUACAUCACAGAGUUGUUAUGGAAAGCAAAUACGAACAUGUGAAAACUCUGAAAUGCCGAGUUCCAUGUAAAUUCCUGAUGUUGUGUCUAAAUUGUUUAAUCUUCCUUUGGGCGAAAGAGAUUUAGAACCCAUGAGAUACAUCUGCUUUAUUAGGAUCUUGUAAAAAUCAUGGGUAAUUUCUUUAAUUUUGAGCUCCUUACAGGAAGUGGAUAUAUGCAGAUUCAAGAUAGCCAGCCUAUCAUUGGAUAAUUACUGCAGUUUUUUUCAUUUGGGAGAGAGAUCCCAGGUGUGUCAUGGUGUAAAAAGUUGACUCUAGGAAUAAGGUACCAUGUGUCUUUGGUUGUACCUAACUAGGUCAGAUUCUAUCUUAAAAUAGUUUAAAUGCUUUCCAGCAUUGGAUGUUUAUUGAACAUUCUAUAAUAGCAAUAGUGACGAUUUGGCUGUGUUUAGAAAGGAAAAGGUAUUAUAGUCCCACAACGUCUCCUUUUUAAAUCUGAAAGUUAUGAUAAAUUUGGCUGAGAUGUAUUAGAUCUGAUAAUUCUUUGAAUUCAAGAAAUAUAGUCAUUUUGAGAUCCUGGGGUUUUCCUUUAUCUUACAUAGUUUUCUUAAAAGAGUCAAACGGUCAAGAAGUGAUCACCAUGGGCUUCUGAACCAAAUAUUGUUAGCUUAUCACUUAAUGUGUGUUUGUUAGUUUGUAUUUUUAUUUUCAAGAUGCAUUUAUUUUAGGAUGUCUGGAUCUUGAUUCCACACUAAGAAGAAAGCAUUUAAGCCCUCAGGAUUUGUAUAGGGUACUUUUGUAUGGAACACUUCUCUUGUAGAGAAUGUGUGAAGGUAGAGAAUGUGUGAAAUGCAGCUGUGGAUGAAAAAUGUGGAUAACAUUUUUUUUAAGUCAAAGCCAGGCAAAGUGCUUUAGUACCAUUUGUAAAAUUUUAUGCUGAGAAAUAUGCUUCCAGAGACUAUUUGUAACUGAUAUAGGGAGCUGUCUUCUCAGAGACCACCAUGCACAUUUGGCUGUAAGAUAAAAAAAGAAGUGGCCCAUUUAGAAGCUGAAUUUCAGGGGUCUGGGAUCAUAUAGUUACGUUUCAGAUCGUCAUGUUACCAAAAGUACAGUAUUUGAAGGCCAUCCUAAUCAGAGUCUUUUCAAGGGUGGAUAUAUUGUUCUCUCUUUGCAAAUGUUUGAAAAGGAAACAUAACAGUUAUGGAGAAGAGAGAACCUUCCUUUUAACUUCUGUGAAAGAGAGCUAGUGGGUGCCAGAGGAAUGAUAGCUGGUCUUGGAGUGGAGAGCGAGCUCGUUGACAUUGGCAUAUCAUUUCAUCUUCUUGAUUCCCAGUUGUUUUUGUUUUUGUUUAAGUGUGAAAACAGGCUGUUGAGCUACAUUAUCACUUGAUUCCUUCCAGCACGAAAAUUCUCCGACGUUGAAGGAGGUAUCAGGCUAGCUUGAUAUUCUCUAGAUAAUUCAAGUCAUAUCAGCUUGAUUUUAUAGUUAAGUUGAAAGAGCAGAAUAGCUUUAAAAUCUCACCGUUGGGUUAAAUGCAAGAACCAGGUGUUUGAGAUUGAGGUUUUAGAAUAUAAGCUGGAUGGAUAGGGUGUCUUUUGAAGCUCUUUAUUCUAAUAACCAAAGGGGAGGGAUUCCCUUAAUAAAAAAAUAACUCAGUCUCCAGUUGAAUACAUAUGGUGAAAGUUGGUAAGUAAACAUUUUGAUUUCUUGCUUUGUUAUAGUACAGUCUUGUCAGUAAACAGAGUGUUCCGACCUGUGCUGGGGA